UUUCAACUUUAUAAAGAGAAAUAGUAAUGGCGUCUUUUUGUAGGCACUAACUCCGCCAUGGUUCGUCGUAUGGUUUUAUGAUAAACGCUAAAAAAUAAGGCCUGGCUGUAAACACAGGUUUAGGAGAUUUUAUAAACUAUGAAAAAAUCUAAGGGGGUAUGCACACCCCACGGAUGCCGGAUAGCAAGGACCCUCACAGAAAGGCCAUCAUUGCUAUAUGUUUUGUUCCCGACAGCUGUUUACCCGGGGAAUGCUAUUUACGCGCACAGGAAGAGAUGUCAGGCAUUUGUCAGCUGAUCAGUCGAAAGAAAUGUUUGAUGCUAGCAGAAUGAUUGUUGUCAGUUAAAAAAAAAACGUGUAUCUGAUUUCAGGAUAUCGCUUCUCUAGUUUCUUAGUAGCUUGUACUCUGGGACUUCAACAUAUAAAUAUGAUGUCGAGUGUUGCCUUCAAGCUGCUCGCUCUUCUUGUUGGUUUGCUAUUGAUGUCAACACAGACGACGGAUGCUAAAAAUUCAGAGGAUAUCCGGUGUAAAUGUACCUGCCCACCGUACAGAGACAUCGAUGGACAGAUCUACAAACAAAAUGUAUCUCU